AUUUAAGUAUUGAUUAAUACCAGGAAUGGAUAAACAUCGCAAAGCGUUCUUCUGGCAAACGAAACGAGUUUAUUUGGCAAAUUGGAAGGCUGACCGUUUAAUUCUAGAGCUAAUUAGAUCCAUUUCUAGAUCGAGUAAUGUAAUCUUACCAUUGGAUACCUCUCUGAAUCUCAAACCCUAGACUUUCUCUCUGUUAUUGCGAAAGAUGGGUCAAGCAUUUGGUUGCGUUCAAGUGGAUCAGUCUACCGUUGCAGUGAAGGAACAUUUUGGCAGAUUUGAUGAUGUACUCGAGCCUGGGUGUCAUUGCUUGCCUUGGUGUCUGGGGUAUCAGUUGGCAGGUUCACUAUCAUUGCGUGUACAACAGCUUGAUGUCCGUUGCGAAACCAAAACUAAGGACAAUGUGUUUGUGACUGUGGUUGCUUCAAUUCAGUACCGAGCCUUGUCAGAAAAAGCAGCUGAUGCAUUCUAUAAGCUUUCCAACACAAAGGCACAGAUCCAGGCAUAUGUUUUCGAUGUCAUCAGAGCAAGUGUCCCAAGAUUGGAUCUGGAUUCUACUUUCGAACAGAAGAAUGACAUAGCCAAGGCUGUGGAGGAUGAACUUGCAAAGGCAAUGUCUGCCUAUGGAUUUGAGAUAGUGCAGACCCUGAUUGUGGACAUUGAACCAGAUGCACAGGUUAAGAGAGCCAUGAAUGAGAUAAAUUCAGCUGCUAGGCUCAGGCUGGCUGCAAAUGAGAAGGCCGAAGCUGAAAAAAUACUGCAGAUCAAGAGAGCUGAGGGAGAAGCUGAAUCUAAAUAUUUGUCAGGGCUUGGCAUUGCUCGGCAGCGCCAGGCCAUUGUAGAUGGCCUCAGGGACAGUGUGCUCGCCUUCUCAGCAAAUGUGCCCGGAACAACCUCCAAAGAUGUCAUGGACAUGGUUCUCGUCACGCAGUAUUUUGAUACAAUGAAGGAAAUUGGAGCAUCGUCGAAGUCUUCUGCCGUGUUCAUCCCACACGGACCUGGUGCUGUCAAAGAUAUUGCUGCACAGAUUCGGGAGGGACUUCUUCAGGCUGAAAGUGUCAACCAGUAAAUGCAAAGUUUAGCGUAAGAGUCGUAUGACAUAGUUGUCCUCAUUAAGGAUGUUUCUUGUGUGCUGGUUGGUUUCUUUAUGCUACAAGCUUGGAGGAAAAUCAUCAUGAUAUGCUGGUAUCUGUAUAUCUCAUAUUACCUUACUCUAUGCUAGUAUGGUGCUAAGAUUUGAAGUUUUUUCAUGUCAAAAGGUUCGAAUUAAUUUCGUGUUCUCUUUA